GUGCAGUAAUGGUUUAUUCUCUAAUAUUAUUAAACAAUAAUAUAGGUUUGGAAACGCAAACUUCAGUGCCUGAAGGGAUGUCGAAUGGGUUUUCUACGGAAGAAGUGUCUGCUCAGAAUCAAGGCAAGGCAUCGCUACACCGGAGAAUUCGACAAAGUAUAGCAGAAGAAUAUCCAGGACUAGAACCCGUUUUGGAUGAUUUGCUUCCUAAGAAAGCUCCUCUGAUUGUAACUAUGAGUCAGAACCAUCUCAAUCUGGUUGUUGUGAACAAUGUGCCACUCUUUUUUAAUAUCCGUGAUGGCCCCUACAUGCCUACCCUAAGGUUGCUUCACCAAUACUCUUUCAAAGAAUAUUUUAGCAACAAACUUGGAAAGUCUCAUGGUUAA